GUUUGCCGUUUACAAUUUUUAUUUUUACUCCAUAUGAUAUCUGCGUAAAGUGGACGUUAAGAUCAUGGCCAGUUUAAGAAAAUUUUCUGCUCACCUGCUCAGAACACGAAUAUGUCAUCAAAUGUUGCUUGACCGAUGUGGCAGUUACAAGUUUAGAUCGGUUACACCUGUAAAAUAUCUGACAAAUUCUGUACAAGGAAAUCAACAGUGUUACACAUUAAAUAUGUCAAAGAAUUAUACAACAAGUAGACCUCUCUUAUCUGAUGAGGUUAAAAAGGCCCAGGGGGCAAAGAGGAUGGGGGAACCAACCAUUUUCUCUAAGAUUGUCGAUAAGUCAAUCCCAGCAGAUAUCAUAUAUGAAGAUGAACUGUGUAUGGCUUUCCGGGACGUUUCACCACAAGCCCCAGUGCACUUUUUAGUGAUUCCAAAGUCCCCAAUACCAGGAAUCAGUGAUGCAGACGUACAGGAAAAAGAGCUUUUAGGACAUCUUUUACUGACUGCUAAACAAGUUGCAGAGCAAGAGAAUCUAUCAAAUGGAUAUAGACUAGUAAUUAACGAUGGACCAGAUGGGGCUCAGUCAGUACAUCAUCUACACAUACAUGUUAUGGGAGGCAGACAGAUGACCUGGCCACCAGGAUGAUAUCUUUGAAUGUGGAGAACUAGAGAUUAUUAAAUGGAAUAUAUUGAUAUUAAAUUAUAUUUCUUUUAUCUUAUGUAUAUGGAUUCAUAGAGGAAUAUUUUUAUUGUUUAUAUUCAGAGGAUACAUAAAGUAAUUGAAAAUUUCCAUCGAAACAGUAAUUAAAACAUAACUGGUAAUGCAUACAUGUACAUGUAUCAGGUAUCAGGUUAAAUAAAGAUAUCUUAGUCAAAUUGAAA